AAUUGCAAGUGUCGACAAGUGUUUAUUAAAUUAUCCGAAGAUUGUGUGCGCACAUUGUGCUGGCGGCCAAACCCCAAAUAAUGCAACAACAACAGUUUUGAGCCAACAAACAAAUCCAGCAGCUUUUCCGAGUGGAACCAGCAAGCAGCUGCUCGUUGCGAGGGGGUGGCGGAGAUCGUAUGGGGGGAUUGUGCGAGGCCCAGAGACAUUGACAACAAUUUACACACACACGUACACACGCACAAACAACAACGCGCUUAGUAACAUCCGCAACAACAAACUCGGCGAACUCGUUGAACAAAUUAUAACGUGGAGCACACACAAUUUGGGAUGCGGUCGCGUAGCAAUUCAGGCGUUCGCCUGGACUACUAUCAGCGCAUUGUGCAUCGCUUGAUUUUGGCCCAUCAGGAGCCAGUGACCGGCUUGUUUCCCGCCUCCAAUGUCAAUUCGCACGCCUGGAUUCGUGACAAUGUCUAUUGCAUUCUGGCCGUUUGGGGCCUGUCGAUGGCUUAUAAGAAGAUUGCCGAUCAAGAUGAGGAUCGUGCCAAAUGCUAUGAAUUGGAGCAGAGCUGUGUGAAGCUGAUGCGUGGCCUGCUCAUGGCCAUGAUGAAUCAAAAGGAUAAAGUGGAGAAAUUCAAAAUGACACAAAGUCCAUACGAUUCAUUGCACGCCAAAUACUCCAGCAAAAAUGGUCUGCCCGUGGUGGCGGACAACGAAUGGGGCCAUUUGCAAAUCGAUGCUGUUUCGUUGUAUCUGCUGAUUUUGGCUCAAAUGACCGCUUCGGGUCUGCAGAUUGUCUUCUCGUUGGACGAAGUUUCGUUCAUACAGAACUUGGUAUUCUACAUUGAGUCCGCCUACUCCAUACCAGAUUAUGGCAUCUGGGAGCGUGGCGAUAAGACCAAUCAUGGUGAGCCGGAGCUUAAUGCCAGCUCCAUUGGCAUGGCCAAGGCUGCACUAGAGGCCAUGAAUGAACUGGAUUUGUUUGGCGCACGCGGCGGACCCGCCAGCGUUAUACAUGUGCUCGCCGAUGAGGCGCACAAAUGUCAGGCGGUGCUACAAUCGAUGUUGCCGCGUGAAUCCAACAGCAAAGAGCUCGACUCGGGACUGCUAUGCGUCAUUGGCUUUCCAGCGUUUGCGGUCGACGAUGCCCAGCUCAUACACAAUACCAAAGAUGCCAUAUUGUCGCGUCUGCAAGGCAAAUAUGGGUGCAAGCGCUUUUUGCGCGAUGGCUAUCGCACACCCAAAGAGGAUCCAUCGCGUCUCUACUAUGAACGCUGGGAGCUGCGCAUGUUCGAGAACAUUGAGUGCGAAUGGCCGCUCUUCUAUUGCUAUCUGAUACUGUUCCAUGCAUUUCAAAAUGACAAGCGGUCGGUGCAAGAGUAUGCCGAUCGUCUGGAGAAGAUCAUGGUGCGCUCCGAGGAUGGUAUUCUGCUCGUACCCGAAAGCUAUGCGGUGCCCCAGGAUCUGGUGGGCUUCGAAUAUCAGAAGCCUGGUUCGCAGGCACGCGAAGUUGUCGGUCGUUGUCCGUUUCUUUGGGGCCAGUCGCUCUUUAUUUUGGGCCGUUUGCUGCAAGAGGGCUUCUUGGCUGUGGGUGAGCUGGAUCCAUUGAAUCGGCGUUUGGGAGCACAAAAGAAACCCGACGUUGUAGUGCAGGUCGUCAUCAUUGCGGAGGAUAACGAAAUUCGCGACAAGCUGGCCGAGCAUGAUCUGCAUGUGCAAACCAUUGCCGAGGUCGCACCCAUUGAAGUGCAGCCGGCUCGUGUGCUUAGUCAUUUGUACACGUAUCUGGGACGCAAUCGCAAGUUGGGACUCAGUGGCCGUAAAUCCCGUGAUGUUGGCAUCUUGAGCACCAGCAAAUUGUAUUCGCUGAAGGAUCGUAUCUUUGCCUUUACGCCGCAGUUUGUCGACUUGUCGCGCUUCUAUAUCGCCUCCGAUAAUGAGCUAAUGAUUGACAUCCUUAAAGGCGAGAUCAAUUUUCUCAAGUCCGCUUGGGAUCUGCUGGGGCGACCGUUAGUAACUCUGGUGCUGAAGCGCAUCCAUUUAGACCAGGAUAAGAUACCGCUGGCCAUGAUUCAGACAAUGCGGAAACUAAAGUCGGGAUAUAUUAAUGGCACCCGGGUUAUGCUGGGCAGCCUGAAAGACUUCCUCAACACGUCGGCCAUCACGGACUUGAGCUUUUUGGGCAGCACCGAGGAUGGUUAUCCGGAUCGCCUGCAUCCCGAUGUGCAGACCUAUUUGGACGAGCAUCUGUUGCGUUCAUUUAGCAACCGCAGCACCAUGAAUCUCCGUGGCGGACAGCUGCGUCCUCGCCAUCUCCGGCGUCGCAUGUCCUGCAAGGGCGCUAUCAAAAAGACGCGCUCUAUUAACGUUGACUCUGACAAUCUGGGCAUGGAGGGACCAUCGCCAUUGACCGAGCGUCGUCUGUCGUCGGUGGUGCCGCCGCCUUGGCUGCAGGCAAACAAGCAAGGACAUGUCAGUGUGUUUGCCACAACGCCCGAGGAGGGACCGACAUCGCCACCGCAGCUGGGAGGGGAGUUGGGACUCCGGGAGAACAUCUGUCCUGUGGAUCCGCAUCAUAGUCGCUCGGCCAUCGAUCGUCGCAGCGAAUUUGUGCGACAACAAGAGAUGCCAAAAAUUCUCAUCCAACGCCAUCGUGCGGAAACCAAUUUUGCCGACACAGAGGUGGAGGAGCUAAUUGCCAUGCUGCGCGAAACGGAGAGUCUCGAGGAGCAAGGCGACAUUCUGCAGUAUCUGGUGGACACACAAGGACUCGACUUCAAUACGGCUGGCCUGGGCCUAAAGCACAAAUCCGAUGACAAUGCGGCUGAGCUCGAUCAAGCGUUCAUGGACGAUGUGAUGCUCGAACUGUCAACGGCUGGUGCUGGUGGUAGUGGUGGUGUUGGUGGUGGUGAUGGUUGUGGUGCUGCAGCUGGUGGUGAGAAGAAGAAGCCGCCAAUGUUGCCCGUCAAGGUGCCGACAGUGAUCAUUGAUCCAACGACCACAACCACAUCCACAGCGAGCAAAAAGGAUCUGGAUAAUGCCAACGCAACGGCAACGGCAACAACCGGCAUCCCAGCUGCACCUGUUGCCCCUGCCUCGCCCGCUGCCCCCGCCGCCGGCUGCAGUACCAACAACAACAGCUUGAAUAACAACGAUUCUUCUCAAUCUGAAGGCAUGCUGGAGGAGGGACGCGUCGUCACCGUUAGGGAUCUGCUCAAGGGCCUCUACGAGAAGGCGUGCCAACAAAAACUCUGGGGUCUGGUGCGUCACACCGCCGGCAUGCUGGGCAAACGUGUCGAGGAUCUGGGCAAAGCCGUCACCGAUCUGUUGGUCCGUCAAAAGCAGGUCACCGUUGGCAUGCCGCCAAACAAUGAGCACACAAUCACAGCGCCGCUGCCCGAGGGCGAGUUGCGUCAACUCAUACACGAUGCCUAUGGUGACGAUGAGAGCACAGCCAUGUUGACACAGGAGCUGAUGGUGUAUCUGGCCAUGUUUAUACGCACCGAGCCGCAGCUGUUUCACGAGAUGUUGCGUCUGCGCGUCGGCUUGAUCAUUCAGGUGAUGGCCAAGGAACUGUCGCGCACGCUCAUCUGUGACGGCGAAGCGGCAUCGGAGCAUCUACUUAAUCUAUCGCCAUUCGAGAUGAAGAACCUGCUCUAUCACAUACUCAGCGGCAAGGAGUUUGCCGUCAGCAGUGUGGCACGCGGUAAUCUGUCCAUUGUCAGCUGCAAGUCGAGUCGCGUCAGCAAGAAAAGCCAAAUAGGUUUGGGCGAUCCAGAGGGCGAGGAUGCGCUCAUUGCCACCAUCGAUGAUCGCCAGGGUCAAUGGCUGCGUCGACGACGACUCGACGGCGCCCUCAAUCGUGUGCCACGAGAUUUCUAUUCGCGCGUCUGGACGGUGCUGGAGAAAUGCCAGGGACUGGCCAUCGAGGGACGUGUGCUGCAGCAGAGUCUUACACAGGAAAUGACGCCGGGCGAAUUGAAGUUUGCCCUCGAGGUGGAAACGGCACUCAAUCAAAUACCACAGCCCGAGUACAGGCAGCUGGUGGUGGAGGCGCUGAUGGUGUUAACACUGGUCACCGAGCACAACAUGGUGCCCUGCCUGGGGGACGUGAUCUAUGUGGAGCAUCUGGUGCACAAGGCGAAUCAAUUGUUCUUGGAGGAUCAGCGCAAAGUGCAGGGCGAUGCAACAUUGUGCUGCGCCAAGCUCAAGGAUGGCAAAGAGCAGCAACAGGCUGCCUCGGGCAUGCUGCUCUGCGGUGGUGCCGCCUACAUCUGUCAGCAUCUGUACGACAGUGCGCCUAGUGGCAGCUAUGGCACCAUGACUUACAUGUCGCGUGCCGUCGCUUUGGUGCUGGACUGUGUGCCCAAGCAUGGGGAGAAGGAAUGCGCAAUCUCCUAAAGUGCGAAUGUUACAAUGAUGCUACACUCGACCUGGAACACAUAACAACAACAGCAACAACAAGCAAGGAAACUUAAUGCCAUGUACUGUUAACACUGACUUGACGGGCUCAUCCCAAUGUUCGUUUUUGUUUUUUUUCUCUCUCGUUUUUUGGCUAUCUCUGUCUAACGCAAUCUCUCUCCCACUCUCUCGUCCCAUCUCUCUCUAGCUCUAUAUGUAUGUAUGUCUUGAUCUUUUGCAGAGUUACACAUUCUCUCUUGCUCUAGCCCAUCGAUAUAAGUUAAGUCUGAGAUUCGAACCUCCAAAAAUGCGAACUCUGUGACAAGGCUAUAUAUACUAUAUGCUUUGUAGACCAACCGCCUAUUUAGCCAUCUUUUUUUUGUUAAAGUGUUUUUGUUUAGUUUUCUUGAGCGGCUAAAAUGGGAAAUUCACAUUGUGCUCUUCCCAAAACUACCUACGUAUAUACAAGUAUAUACACAUACUAUAUAACACAUAUAUCUAUAUCGAUAUUGACUAUGUAUUAUCCUAAAAUAAAACGCUGCGCGCCAACAAACUGGUUUUAUACUCGCAGAUUAUCCUUGAAACGAAGGGGAUUCAACAACGACUUCUUUCAAAAUAUGUUCUUGACGCAAUAAGUUGCAAGUUUUUAUUGUGACAACAAAUAGUGACAAAGAAAUAAAUAUAAAAAAUGUUUGCAAUGUUCAA